UAGGGUGUGGCAGUCACUAAAGAAACCUGUGACCAUGUUUCUCGGUAUUUAACCAUCCUGAAAACAUUGAAAUGAAAGUGCAAAGCAAACAGGGAAAGGCUCAUGAGAACAGGAAGGAUGUUGACGUGAUUUCCGCAGGCUUUGGACCGGGGAAAGUUGUUUCCUGAAGUUGACACUGCUGAUCAUUUCCACACCUAAACUCUGGAGGUUCUUGUACAAAAAUGACUCCGACACGUUUAUCGCAUUUUUGAUGAUAGUCGUCUUUAUCCCUCGACAGAUUGACUCUGUCUGAGGAAAACAUGAGCUCCAGGAGUGAAGAAGACUCAGAGGCGAGCCUGCAGGCCCAGCUAGCCGAGUGCCGAGCUCAGGUGGAACACUGGCAGGGCGUGGCGACGAUCUGCGAGCUGAGCAAACAGGAGGAACUGGCAGAGCUGCAGAAACAAUGUGAUCAAGAGAUCCAGUCUCUGCAGGAGGCUCUCAGAGAGACAGCAGAGCAGUAUGAGGCCAGGCUAUCAGUCCUCCAGUCUCAGCCUGGAGAGUGGAGGAGAGCCAGUGGGCAGAACAUGAUCAGUGGAAGGAAAGGCAAUAAUGAAUCCCCGGCAUCGCUCACCAACAGCCUGUCGGAGGCCGUGGCGGUGGAGCGGAGACAGAACCAGUCGGCAGAUCUGGAAGUGUCGUCGGAGGGAGACGGGACGCCUCCUACGUCAGAAGCGUAUUUCUCUCUGCGGCACUGCGACUCGGCCUCGCUGUCCUCCUUCUCCUUAGACACGCCCUCUCUGCCCAGGAAGCUCCACGCUCAGGAGGACACCGACUCCCUCGUCUCCACGGGAACCCUGGUGCCUGAAGCCAUCUACCUGCCGCCGGCCGGACACCGGCUGGUCCCGCACGGAGACUGGGACGCCCUCAAUGCUCAGGUGUCGGAGCUGCGAGGCGAGCUGAGCCGGCUGCAGGAGGAGAAGGAGGAGCUGGAGAGAGAGCUGGACACACAGAGCAACAAAACGCACAAACAGGUGUCAAUGCUCCAGGCUCAGGUCCACACCUCAGAGGCCCUCCUCCAGGAUCUGCAGAAAUCUUUCAGCCAAUCACAGAGCGCCGUCCAGAGUCGACUGGCAGAGUUGUCCCUCUCCCAGAGGAAGGUGAGCACCGAGCUGUCCAGACUCAAAGGAGAGGAGGUUCAGGAUGAGCCCGACUGCUUCCCCGCUACACUGCAGGGGGCGCACUGUGAGGAGCGUCUCCGCAUCGAGAUAGUGAACCUCAGGGAUCAGCUGGACACCCGCACAGAGGAGAACGAAGUUUUAGAAGUGCGGCUGUCCAGUCUGAAGACGGAGACGGAGAGGGUCUCUUCUCAGAAGGAGCAGCUGCAGGCGGAGCUGCUGUCCUGCCGCAGCGAGCUGGAGGCCCUGAGGGUGGCGCUGUCUCACCUGCAGAGCACCAGCAAGACUCUCAGUACUGAGAAGGCGGCGCUGCAGCAGCAGAGUCUGGAGCUGCGCAGUCAGGUGAUCAGCAUGCGCAGCCAGGUGGACACCAGCCAGACGGUUCAGAGAGACUUCGUGCAGCUCUCUCAGUCGCUGCAGAUGAGGCUGGAGGUGAUCCGGCAGGCGGAGACUCUGGAGCAGGUCAGAGAGGUCCUGGAGGAGGGGAGGAGGGAGGCUGCUUCCUCUCCUGUAGACUCCUCCUGAGCCACAGAGAGGUCCUGGAGGAGGGGAGGAGGGGAGGAGGAAGGCUGCUUCCUCUCCUGCAGACUCCUCCUGAGCCACAGACAGUCACACUGGAACCAAAGAGUACAAACGGAGAUAAAAGAUCUCAUCAGAGACCAAUAAGGACCGACCAGCCGUCACCACGUGAAACACCAUCAGGAACUCUGCUAGUGAUGAAUAUUCCUGAAGAGACAUUAUAUAUAUAUAUAUUUAGUUUCAGAGGCGUCAAAGACUUGAAAUACGACCAAAGUGAUUUUUGUGAAUCUGGAAUGUUCUCUAAGAAUAUUUGCAUUCCUUUUAUCUUACACCAGUAACAUGCUUAUUCCUUUACUAAUACAUGUGUAAAUGUAUUUUCUUGUUUAAACUGACAUUACUCCAAAACACUCUACAGUCCAACACUCGAUGUUUCCCUCUCAGUUUUUAAAUGCGAUGUAUUGUGAAGGCGGACCUCUGGAAGCAAAGGAUCACAGUGCAAUAAUGAAUAGCAGUGAUACUAAGUAGAAACUCUCCGAAAUGAACUGCAUUCCAGGUUUUAUUUGAAUGAUCUGUAUUAAUAUGUUGUCUAUUUGAGCUUUACAUGAACUGCUCCCGUUGCCACACAAUCAUAAAAGCUCAUUUAUGAUUAUGGAUAAGGACAGAAGCCAAGCAAAAAGAAAUCUAUGAAGAAAUGUGAAUAUGUAACAUUUUGACUUCUUUUAAUACAUAUUGUAAGUAUAAGAUAGGCUGUCACUAUCUUUCAUAAUGAAAUACGAUAACGUUUCUCAACCUGGACUCGGCUUUUAUUGCAGUUUCUUAUCAUGCAAAACAGGUCGACACUAUCCUUUUUAAUAAGGUAGGAUUUCAUUUACUAUGAAGCCUAAUUUACAUUGAACCUUUUUGGAAAUGCACGAGUGAUCUUGACAUUUUAAUAAAAAGACUGCUGCUAAUGAAACUUUACCACAGGGGAAUAAAGGUAAAAAAGUAUUAGAAUAAUGUCAAUAGUUAACUUUAUACAUAAGAUAAAAUUGAGUCUUAAAGUAUUAUAAUAAUUACACAUUGUUUAAUAUUUUGUCAUUGUGAUCCACGUCUUGUGCAACAACUGAUGGAAACCAAAUUACAUUCAUAAAUGUUUUUAUGUUUAAAGGAA